UUGGUUGCGAGUCGAUAUCAGUUGAAGAUGUGCAUUAUGGCCUGUAUACACCUAUUUCUGACUCUGUUGCUCUGUGCUGCAGUCUCCGAGGGUAAGCAGGAGUUUGCUGUGAACGUCAACAGUGACGGCACCUACAACGUCGUUGUUCAGGGAGAUGUGUGGCUGAAGAGCGCUCCCACCUUCUUCAGAGUUGAUGGUCAAGUGUUCUCCUCAGCUGAUGGAUCUCUGAAGCUGGUCAAGAACACUCAGUCCAGUGGUGUGGACGUCAUCGGGCAGUGGGAGGCCAACAGCUUCUUGUACCAGGCAGGGUCCAGUCAGAUCGAGGCCAGCUUUGUACAGUACACACCAGAUCCAAGCAUAUUCACCUACAACAAUCCUGCCAUACCGUUCAUGUUGUUCAAACAGCGUUACAUCAAUGGAGCAAACAACACCGCCUCCAACAGCACUGCCUUCACCAUCUCUGGAUUUCCUGGAUUUCUAAUUCAAGAGUCAACCAUUCCAUUGGGAUACCUCAGUUAUGGAGGACUGAUGUUUGGAUUUAAGGGUCUCAUGGCUGGGCAAUGGGGACCAUCGUCAUUUAAAAUCAACGACGGGAUCGAGGGUGGACCCUUGACGAUAUUUGAUCGAGUGAAGACAGCAAAUACACUGAUUAUCUCCCCUGCAAAUCGGUUUAUGUCGUCAUCAAUAUGGCGUCAGAACUCCAGCACCGGCGGGGACAAUGUCUACUGGGGGACGAUGGGAGGAGUUGAAGAUGUCCCUGUUGGCGUUGAAUCCAGUUUUAUUCUUUUCUGUGGUAACCAAGGAAUUAACAAGGCUAUGGUAAGUUGGGGGCAAAUCUUGAAACAAUGGCACGGCCGUACAGAACAGUAUGUGAAGUCUGACUUUACGCUCAACUAUUUAGCGUACGGAACAGACAAUGGGGCGUAUUACUGUUAUCGCCCCGAGGAAGGAAAGAACUACCAGGAUACAGUGUUGGAUAUCAAGAGCUACAUGGUACAGAUAGGGGUACCCAUCAGGUAUAUGCAGUAUGACGUAACGUGGUACACAGACGUUCACCCUGGUGUUGUCACGUGGUCGUCUCCACCUGGCAUUUUCCCCAAUGGACCGCAGUGGCUCUAUAACAAGACAGAGUUACCCGUCUUUGGCUACAACCCCUUCUGGUCCAGCAACACAACCUACGCAACUGCUAAUGGAGGAAAGUAUGAAUUCCUGAUCGAUGGUCCAAAGGCCCUACCACUAGAAGAGAGAUUUUGGACCGAUUUGCUCGCUGGUGGAAGGAUUUGGGGUUUGAUUGCCUAUGAACAGGAUUUCCUCAAUGAAGAAUUUGAAGGAAUCCAAAAACUUAUGACUGACAUUGACCUUGGCCGGCAAUGGUUGACUCAGAUGGGGAAUGGGGCUGCCAAGAACGGUCUGACCAUCCAGUACUGCAUGUCCUACCCGCGACAUAUGCUGCAGUCUCUGGAAAUACCUGUCGUCACACAGGCCCGUGCAAGCCACGACAACUGGCCAGGCAGAGACAACUGGAAGAUCGGUGUGACGUCACUAUUUGCAUGGGCUAUUGGUAUUGCGCCCUUCAAGGAUAUUUUUUGGACGACCAGCGUUCAACCUGGAAAUUAUUACAAUACCACGGAACCGGUCCCGUCCCUUCACGCCGUAGUUGCAACCUUAAGUACAGGCCCAGUAGGAAUCGGAGACAUGAUUGGGGGCACAAACAAGACACUCAUCAUGAAAUCUGUAAAUUCUGACGGCCUGAUCCUGAAACCAUCUCGACCAGCGACGUCUAUUGACAACAGAAUACGGAAGAUGGCUUGGUUAGACUUUGAUGGUCCUGAUGGGGAGGUGUGGUCCACGUAUUCAGAUUUUGGCGGAGAUAACAAGUACGGUAUCAUCCUCGCUGCUGAUCUGAAUGGAAGCUACAACAUGACACCUUGCAUGGCUGGAUAUCAAGGGUUCCCUACUUCCAUGGUUUUCCCAGCCAAUAGUCCCAACAAGAUCCAACCCUUGACCGACGCCCAGCCUUUGACAAUGAGUGGCUGUACCAAGGCUGACUUUUGUCUCUUCUAUGUAUCACCUGUAUUGACCAUUAACGGCAAACAAGUUCUCAUCCAGGGUGAGUUAGACAAGUGGGUGGCGAUGUCAUCCCAGAGAGUGACGGACAUCAACAUUGCCGAUGACAUCAUCAUCAGCCUCACUGGGGCUGCCCGUGAAACUGUGUCCUUCUGGUUCAACGUGGAUGGUAAAUCUUCACCUGUUAUCUGUACCCUCGGAGCAGCAGGACUGGCCACCCUCAGUUUCGGAGCACGCUCAUGUCGUGGAGUAUAAUGAAUAUGAAGGAAUAUUUGUCAAUGUAAACAUUAAAUUUGUUCCUUCGUGUUGAAUAAACGCUAGUUAGUUCAUAUCACUCAUAUCAUAUUUGCAAAUGCGCAAAUCCGGUCAUCGCAUCCAUUUACCAAGUUCUAUUUUGCUCAAUUGUGAAACAUCCUGACUUUUUUGUCUUUUGAAUUAACGUGGUAUAUUAUGACCUGAAAUUAUUGAGAAUUUUAGGAAUAUGUUUAAUUGGAUUUCUAGUAUAAACAACCAUGACCAGCUAUCAAGUGCUUGGUUUCAUUCAAGUGAGACAACUCCGUUAAUCAUUUUUCAUUUGUU